AUGAGGACUAUUAUUCAGCAGAACACAAGCCAAACCAAAGUAUCUUCAUUUUUACGUGAUCAUCAACAAGCAAAGCCACAGAUAUCAGGCCAGCAAAAAAUACCCAGCCAACCAAAUCAUCAAAAGAAUACAGUUAUUAAACAUCAUCAGGUAAGAAAUUCUACAAAAAAGCAAAAUGACCAGAGGAAAGGCCAUUUCAAUACUACCGAAAUAAGAAAGACUAGACAUUCUAAGCCAAAAACAAAAGCAAAUGGACAAAAAAGGCUAGUGAGAACGACACCUGGACCUCAUUCUUCCGGUCAACCAAAUUCUCAUCAAAAAUCUCCUAUACCACAAAGUAGCCAACAAAUGCAACAAAGCCCCAGGAAUUCAACAGCUCACCAAAAAUUUAAAAGAACCAAAUCUGACCAAAGUAAAAAAACUUCUAAAAAAUUAGCAAAGAGAUUCCAAUCUCAUUCUAUUACCAAUGUUCGACAAAACUCAAAACAGUCUAAAUCAUCUACAUCUUCAACUGGUAAGAGAACUGGUCGAUGCCAACCUAAACUACAAAAAAUAGUUGAUCAAUCAAAACUUCAUAAAAAUAUAACUAUCAAGCUCCAAUCCAGUCAAACAAAAACUGCAGUACAAAAGCAAACCAACCAGAGAAAACAUCAUUUCAUUAUUUCUGAAAUCAAACAAACUCCAAUCUCAAAACCUAAGGCUAGAGAAAAUAGAAACAACAGAAGUAAGAAGGUAAAGCAGAAAACUGGUCAACAUAAACCUGACCUAACUGGACCCCAACAUCACCAACCUGGUCAACCCAAACCCGUUCAGCAAAAUCCAAAAAGAUCUAAUUCACCUGCAGUUUUAGUUGGUAAAGGAGAUAGCCAGCACCAAACUAAACCACAAGCAGUAGGUUCACAUAAAAUAUAUACUCUAUCAAAGCCUCAUAAUAAUACAAACAAGGAACGACAAAUUAGUCCAAAAAAGACUCCUAUACAAAAGAAAAUUAACCAAAGGAAAUAUCAUCUAAGUGCUGCUGAACAAUCUAGAAAGCUGAAACCUGUUGAAAACAGACCAAAAAGAACCAAAAAGGUAAAAAAGCAACCUGGCCAACAGAGACCUGUGUGUAGACACUGUCCAUAUGGCCAAUCAAGACCUCUUCAAAAAUCUCCUGUGCUACAAAAUAGCUACCAACAACUCUCAAAUCAUAGGAACUCAUCAGCUCUUAAAAAACCUAGAAUUAUCAAAUAUCAGCCAGGCAAAACUACUAAAAAGUUAUCAAAGAAACCUAAACCUUCCUGUAGGAACAAAUUUCAACAAAAGCCAAAAGUACCCAAACUACCUUCAAUUCUGAAUGGUCCAAGAAAAGGUCAUAGUCAAACCAAACUACAACCAUCAAGUCCCAAGAAAACAUCCAGCCAAAAAAAACUUCAUAAAAAUCCAAUCAUAAAGCAACAAAUAAGCCAAGUAAAAACUAGCCCAAAUAUUCCCAAACAUCACCAGACUGGGCCCUCAAGGCAUCAUUUGAGUAAACCAAUAAGAAAACAAUCUGGCCAAAGAAAACCUAAGGCAAAAGCAACCAAGCAAAAGAAAAGCAGCAAGGCAAAGAAUCCACCUUGUUAUUUAAGACCUCCCCAACCAGGUCCUCAGCUUCAUCUCCCUGGUCAACCAAUACCUAGACCAAAUGUGCCUUCACUCCAGCAUCCUGCUAUACAAAAACAACACCCUAACCCACUUUAUCUUCAUCUACAUAAACCCAUCCAACAUCCUGACUCACACAAACACUGUGGAAAGCAACCAGGUAAAAAGCCCCAACUUCGCCCAUGCAGAUCUGGUCAAAAACCAGCACUGAAACCUAAACCUGGAUUUCGGCAGCAUCAUCCAGGGGUACUUCACACCACACAACCUGGAAAGCUGCCAACAAACCUUAACCCAACAACCUCUAAAACUGUAUCCUCAGGACUGUUUUUAGUGACCACCAAAGCUUCUGCAGCCAUUUCACCUGCAUCAACUAGCAGAAAGUCCACCAUAAACUCACUGGCCUCUAUCACCAAAUCUUCCCCAACUUCUAAUCCAACAGCUAUAGCCACAAAAUCUACUAUUUCCACCAAACCUGUGACUAAUACUCCCAAAUCCUCCACAACUGCCAAGUCAGCAGCCCCUACCACCAAAUCUUCCAGCACUCAUAAACCUUCUACACCAAUCACUACACCUAUUAUCACAACCAAAGUUAUCUCCUCCACCAAAUCCAUCACCAGCUCUAAGCCUGCUGCCUUCAUAACCAAAUCCACAACUUUAAAACCUGUGAUUUUUACUAUAAAACCGACUACCUCUACUGAGCCCGAAGCACCCACCAGCAAACUUACUACCACUAUUAAUACUGUAGCUGACACCAGUUCAUCUGCCACUAUAUCACUCAAACUGACUGAAAUUCCAAGUUUCUCUUCCACCAACCCUUCUACUACAAAAUGUGCCCAAAUGACCAAAUCCGUAGGGAAAACUACUAAAUCCCUUCCUACUACCACGAAGGUCAUCAAGCCUACCAGCUCAGUAACAACUCCUGCUUCUAAUUUCUCAACAAUUGUGACAAAAACUACACCCCCUCUCACAAAAUCAGUUUCCCAGUCUAUAGUAACCACCACUAUACCUGCUAGUACCACUGCUUCAACUGCCAGCACAGCCACACUGUUUUCGUUCACCACUACCGCUCUGGCCGGAAGCACCUUAAGAGCUGCAGAUCCUACACAGAGGCCAGCCACAAACACGGCUUCUCUCCCUACAGCAUCACCAAGACACACAUCUGCUGCCACUCCAGCUGCCCCUACCACAUCUGCCCCCAAAGUCACUUCACCCCCUCUUCCCACAAAGGAUGCUCCCAGCAAAGCAGGUCUCUCUGCCACAUCUGCUGUUUUUAACACUCUUGCUCCUUCUACCUCCUCUUCAGCUGCUUCUACCUCCAUUACCAAAUCUUCUCUCUCCCCCACGUCUGCUGCCACCAAUCCCACAUCCACUGCUGAGGACACUGCAACUCCCAUGGCCCCAGCACAGGUUUUCACCAGCAUGCCUGCUGCUAUUAGAACAAUAACCACAGUGAUCACCCCUGACACAACCAUGGAUCUUACUUCCACCACUAUCACUAUCCCUGAUACACUGCAUGUGACUACCAGAACAGAUGCCACAGCUUCAUUCACGGACACAACCCUCGUCACUGCACAUGUUACAUCAACAUCUGACGCCAGCACACCUGAUGACACUACGUUUGAUUAUCAACCUGACCCAAGUGACUUCACCUCUGCUACUUCCUAUACCCCACCUGCCACCACACAGUCCUCCAGCUCCAAAGAUGUGCCCCUGGCCACACCCACUGCCACUACAGCUGUUUCUACUGCUCUUCCUACAACCACCUCUACGACUAUCACGGAUCUGGUCACCAUCCUGCCUGCUGCCUCAGAUACUUCCACUCCUUUCAGCACCAUUCAAGCUGCCACCUCCACAGCUGUGCUUCCAACUACAGCUGCUGCCUCCACUAUCUCUGGUGUCACUAGUCAAUCAGCUUCAUCUACCUCACUUGGAGCAGCAGCAUCCACAAGUAUCACUUCUGCUGCCACUAAUAUGCUUGCCAUGACCACAGAGGCCCCUACCACAGCUUCUUCCAGAGCCACUCCCUCCUCUGCUGCUUCUGUCACCACCCAAGCUGCCACAAAUGUGUCUGCUCCUCUUAGCACCACACAGGUGACCACAGCUACAGCCCUCCUCCCCAUCUUACCCACUGAAGCCACCAGCACUUCCCUCGCCAACACCACCACUGCUGUUUUUGACACUUCCCCUCAGGCUGCUGCAAUCACUUCUCCAACCCCCAUUCCUGCUCCUUCCACCCCAGGUGUCUCCACCCCUGCUGCCACCAGAACUUUAUCAGCUUCUUCCACAUCUUCUAGCACGCGGCCAGCUUCCAUCACAUUUCUUGCCCUCAGUGCAUCAACAUCCACUGCAACCACAGGUGAAACCGCUGUGAAUGCUAUUUCCACUACUUCAUCUGACUCCUCUGCUCUUCGCUCUACUACCACAGAAGACACCACAACUUCUUAUACUGACACUGUACCAAGGACCCUGCUCACCACAGAUGAUAUGGCAACACUGAGCUCUGGCAUAUUCGAUGACACUACUACCGACUAUGACCUUGACACUACCACUGUUGCCUCUGUCACCACUCUUCCUGCCACAACCUCUUCAGUUCCUCCUACCGCCUCAAAGCCCAGCACCACCACUGAUGAUCACUCCAGCUCCCUUGCUGCCACAACCAUUUCUUUUCCCUCUUCCACUACACAGUCUGCCACUAUUAGUUCUGCCAUCACCACAGCCGCCACAGCCAUGUUUGCUCCUGCAACAACCACUGCAUCUCUGACCACAACAGCAGCUGAGGCCACUAAUAUUUUGGUUUCUUCCACCACACUUGAAGCACCUCCAGCAACAUCCACAAGCACCACAUCCGUGGCCACCAACAAUCCUGUCAUGACUGCAAAGGAUGCUGACACCACUGCUUCCACACUGAUUUCUACCACAAUCACAUCUGUUGCCUUUACAUCAGCCUCCACCUCUACUUACCUUGCCACCUCCAACAGCUCUCCUUCUAACACAAGCACUUCUGUCUCGUCUUCCACAGCCAGGAUAUUAUCCUCUACUUCCGCCAGCACAUCAUUUACAACCACAACAGCUUCUGCUCCUUCUUCCACCACUCAGGCUGACACCACCGCUUCUGCCACCACCACACCUGCCCCUACCUCCCUCCCCAUAGCCACCUCCAGCCUGACUACUAUGGAGCCCAUCACCUCCACGGCGGUCUCCUCCUCACCACCUGCUACCAUCACCACAAGUACUCCUGGCCUCCCCAGCACCUCACAAAGUGCCGCUACCAUGGCUCCUCCCGCCAGCUCAUCCACUGCAGCCGCCAGCAUGGCUCCAGCCAGCUCAGCGCCUUCUCCUUCUUCAUCCACCACACGGUCUGUCUCUACCAGUUCUGCUCUCACAUCUGCCCCUACCACACCUACCACCACAACCACCACUGUCACAAAUGUUGCCACCUCCACAGCUGAAGGCAAUUCCUCAUCUGCUGCCACUGUCACACCUCUUACAACAAGCACACCUGCCCCUUCUACUUCCGCACAGUCAGCCAUCAACACAGCUGCGCUCUCAAUCCCCUGUGCUAUGAGCUCCAUCCCUGCCACUACAACCAUUUCUCCCUCAACCACCACUCAGGCUGACACCACGACUUCUGCCACUGUAACACUUGCCUCUACCUCUCUCCCCAUAGCCACCUCCAGGGUGACUACCAUGGAGCCCAUCAUCUCCACUAUGGUCUCUUCCUCAUCACCUGCUACCAUCACCAGAAGUAUUUCUGCCCUUCCUCGCACCCUACAAAGUGCCACUAGCACAGUUCCUUCCACCAGCUUACCUGCUGCAGCCACCACCACAGCCAUCCUCACUACUCUGACCAAAUCUUCUUCCUCAACCACACAGAAUGUCUCUACUACUUCUGGUGCCACAUCUGUCCCUACCACAUAUGCUCCCACAACCACCACUGUCACCAGAGAGACAAGCACCACACCCAGUCUCUUUUCAACAUCAGCUGCCACUAUAUUUUCUGAGACAACUUCUUCUACCACUGGGGAAUCUACCCCAGCAUCUACAAACACUAUACACACUGCCACUCACAGCACCAUGGUUACUUCAACUAAUCCCACCACACCGGCUUCUACAACCACUCCUGUCACUUCUAUAGGCAGACAGGUUGCCACUGCCACACCUGGUCUCACCACCAGGUCUGCUGUUAUAAGCACCACAGCUACAGCCACAAUGACUUCAGUUCUCCUAACCACCACCUCUGGUGCCUCAACCACUCCUUCCUUUAGUAUCUCACCAGCCCCCACCAUGCCUGUUGCCACUACAGCAGCAACCACAGCAGCACCCUACAUCACUUCAGCUGAGGCAUCCAACACACCUGUUUCCAACAAAGAGAACAUUCCUGACACCCCCAAGACUCCUUUCCGUAUUACUACAGCUACUUCCUCCACGCUUGAUGACACUGACCCUCCUCAUACACCAACUCCAACUAUUAUGACAACCAAUACUAUCAUCACAGCUGAUGACACUUCAACACUUAUCCCCAGCACAUUUUAUGAAACCACACUUGAUGGUAAUGAUGGUACCACUGAGAAUAACACAAAUGAACCCACCUCAGAUGAUUUUUACAGAAACUGA